CCAGACAAAUUAGAGAAUGGACACCUUAAAACUCUGAAAACAGAACUAGCCAAGAAGUAUGCCAUCACGGAACUGGAUGGAUUCUGUAUCUAUCUGUACGGUGUGGUGUUGAAAAAGCUGGAUUUACUGAAAGAAGCUAUAGAAGUGUUUGUUGAUGCGGUGAACUCUGAACCACUGCACUGGGGGGCGUGGUUAGAACUAGUGACCCUCAUCAAAGACAAAGAGUCUCUGCUGGCACUUUCCCUCCCCAAUCACUGGAUGAAGCAUUUCUUUCUGGGUGACAUUUACCUGGAACUGCAGUUGAAUGAGGAGGGACUCAAGAUUUACCAACACCUGAUGGAUAAAGGGUUCGUCAAGAGUUCCUACAUAGUGUCACAGGUCGCCAUGGCUUACAACAACAUGAGAGAGGUAGAUAUGGCAGUCAACGCCUUCACUGAGCUGACAGAGAUGGACCCCUACAGACUGGAGAAUAUGGACUACUUCUCCAAUACUCUCUACAUCAAGGAAAUGCGGGCUGAUUUAGCUCACCUGGCUCACAGGUGUUGUGACAUUGACAAAUACAGAGAGGAGACCUGUGUAGUUAUAGGUAAUUACUACUCUCUGCGGCAGCAGCAUGAGAAGGCAGUGCUGUAUUUCCAGAGAGCCCUGAAGCUGAACCCCCAGUACCUGUCCGCCUGGACUCUGAUGGGGCACGAGUUCAUGGAGCUGAAGAAUACGACAGCCGCCAUUCAAGCCUACAGACAAGCUAUAGAAAUCAACAUACGAGAUUACCGAGCCUGGUAUGGUCUGGGACAGACGUAUGAGAUCCUUAAAAUGCCAUUCUAUUGUUUAUAUUACUACAGACAGGCCCAGAAAUUAAGGCCAAACGACUCAAGAAUGGCCAUGGCACUUGGUGAAUCUUAUGAGAAACUAGAACGACUGCAGGAGGCCAAGAAAUGCUUCUGGAAGGCCCAUGUAGUGGGAGAUAUGGAAGGAAUGGCCCUGAUUAAACUCGCAAAGUUACAUGAGCGCCUAAAUGAGGAGGACCAAGCAGCCUCAGCAUACACCGAGUACAUCAACGAGGCCAACAGAAUGGGGACGUUCAGUGCAGAGGAUCAGAGUCAAGCCUACAAGUACCUGGCUAACUAUCACCUGUUGAGGAACAACCUAGAUGAUGCUUACGCUGCCGCCCAGAAGUGUACAGAGUUCCCCGAGAGGAGAGAGGAGGCCAAGGGAAUCCUUAAAGAUAUCCAGAACAGGCGGGCCAGGAGUGAGGGGGCGUACCCCCACCCCGUCAGGAUGGAUGACAGCCUGGGCUCCAUCUGUCCCGACCCCCUCAACAUCAGCACCAGGACCCCCUCCGUGUGUCUCUCCCCCGUCAAUCUCAAGUUUGAUAUCGGCGACGACUGACCAGGAACUAUUUUACAGUGUGUUCAUAGACUGACUGACAACAAGCUUUUUGCCAUUGUGAUGAAUUGGUCAUCUAUUGUGUUUGUGUAGUCCUGAUAAGAUUCAGUUGGGUUACCUAGCUCACAUGAUGGUUCAUUGUAAUCAACCAGACAAGAACUGUGCAAUCUUCUCACAGCAUGUACUGACCCUGUAGUUUAUUAUGACACCAGAGGUCUGUUCAGCAGAGUUAACACUGUAACUAUUGUGUUAUAGAAAGAGGGAAAUACGGGGAGUUCCUGCUGUGCUAACCUGGCCUCAGUUGUGAUUUGAUUUAUAAAUUGUUUCAAUAAAAUGGUUGAAUGUUUCGAUAAAACAGCCCAUUCUUGUCACAGAUGGUUAUUGACUUCAUGGAAUCUUA